GUGUCAAUGCACUCCUUGCCUUGCGCCCGGCUUUGCCCGCCCCUUCCAGCCCCGCCUGCUCUCCCUCCUUCCUCGCCCACUGGAAGGAGGCGCCCCCCGCCUCUGAAGUGACUCUUCCUCCUCCUCCUCUUCCUCCUCCUGCUGCAUCCCCCUGGGCGGCUCUUUUCCCUGCGCGAGUGGAUCAUCAUGGUAGGAACCCCGCGCGGCUUUUGGCACGAGGCGUCCCACCAGAUUCUGGCCGGCGGCUCGGCGGGUCUUGUAGAAAUUUGCUUGAUGCACCCCCUCGAUGUGGUGAAAACCAGGUUCCAGAUUCAAAGAGGAAAAAGCGAUCCAUCCAGUUACAAGAGCCUGAGGCAUUGUUUUAGAACCAUAUUCCAGACAGAAGGAUUAUUUGGCUUCUAUAAAGGUAUACUCCCUCCAAUCUUAGCUGAAACACCCAAAAGGGCAGUAAAGUUCUUCACUUUUGAACAAUACAAGAAAUUACUAGGAAAUGUUUCCCUAUCGCCAGCAUUGGCAUUUGCAGUUGCUGGCUUGGGAUCUGGGCUAACAGAAGCCGUUGUGGUUAACCCUUUUGAAGUAGUCAAGGUUAGCCUGCAGGCAAAUCGGGAUGCUUUCACAGAGCAACCAUCCACCUUUGCCAAAGCUCAACAGAUUAUUAAGGCCCAUGGCUUGGGUCUCAGUGGGCUCAAUAAAGGAUUAACCGCAACCUUAGGAAGGCAUGGAGUGUUCAAUAUGGUUUAUUUUGGAUUCUACUUCAAUGUAAAAAGCAUAAUUCCUGCCAACAAGGAUCCAACUUUGGAAUUCCUAAGAAAAUUUGGGAUCGGGCUGGUCUCAGGAACAAUAGCCUCCAUUAUUAACAUCCCUUUUGAUGUUGCAAAAAGUAGGAUUCAAGGACCACAGCCGGUUCCUGGAGAGAUCAAGUACAGAACCUGCCUUAAAACUAUGGCAACGGUCUAUAAAGAAGAAGGAUUCUUAGCUUUGUACAAAGGAUUGGUGCCUAAGAUCAUGAGGCUUGGCCCAGGUGGUGCGGUGAUGCUUCUGGUUUAUGAGUAUGCUUCUGAGUGGCUGCAAGAAAACUGGUGAUCAAAAAUAUGACUUUUAAAACCAGUGUGCACAACUGUGACCUCCAGGUGUUUCUUGGAUUGCAACUUUGAUCAGUAUUAUCUGCCAUAGCCUGUAGUGAAGGCUCAUGGGAGUAGAAGUCCCAAAAACAUCUGGAAGGCCACAAGUGCUCAUUCAGACUUCAAACAACACAUAUUAAGUUAUGUUUCAGUAUUAAAUUGGAAGCAAAUCUAACAUAGUCUAUCUCUAGAUAUAGAUGCAUCAUUCAAAAUUAUCUCUUCUUAACUUAAUAUGCCAGAUAAUAAAAGGUGAUAUCACAUAACUCUUUGGUAGAAUGAAACACAAUAUUAUAUUUUAGUCACAGAUACAAAUGUACAAGCAAUUUUACCAAACAAAGGCAACAGAAAACAUAUGGAGCAAGAUCCUGCAUUGGAGACUGCAGUGUGUAACGGAGCUACAUCACUGGUGCAGUACACAAAUAUACUAGCAUAUUGUGAUGAUGCACAUUACAGCAAAUGGUCCUAUUACAUAAUAGUAGUUGCCAUUGUGCAUCAGGACACAUUGUGCCUUGGGGUGCAAUAGAUAUCAAGGCAUGGGUUUUCAUAGGGAAGUAUGAAUUCAAAUUAUGGUCUCCCUGUGUCUUAUGUAUUGGACCAUUGCACAAGUACCACACUGCUGGCUCCACUUGCUUUAAUGAUGUAAUUAUGUCUCAAAUACUUUCCUUAGAAUAUUACUGUUGCAAUUUAACUUUAAAUUUGUGAGUUUACAAUUAUGCAACUUACCAACAGAAUGUCAGUCACAUUUGACAGCUUAAAUGUUUGAUUGAUCAAGAAAAAUAUCACUUGAAAAGUUGUGUGUUUUUCAGUAACUGAUCAAUUGUCUGCUAAUGAUAUUAGAUAAAAAUGUGCAGUGCCACUGUUGAGAAGCAUUUUGAAGUACUGAAAUUAUCACUUAAUAAUAAAAGCUACCACAAUUAAUGAAA